UGAUCAUCCACGAUGCCUGUCCGACGCUCAUCGGCUUCGGCAGGGCAAGUAACGAGCAGUGCAACCACUAGCUCCACCAGAGUGCACAAGGUCAACGAAUCACAUCAUCAUCUACCACCCGGACCCUCGUCUUCACUUCAGAUGGCCGUCUAUCAUGCGUAUAACCAAACUGUGCCGACACCUCAGCAGAAGGUGGUAUACGUGUUGGUGAACAGACUCAGGAACAAGCUGCCAUGCUACUCUGGACUGAGCCUCGAGGUCAUCGAGAAUGACAACGCCAUGGUGCAGGCGAUUGAUUCUCUAGUUGAACUCUCAAGAGACUCUCUAAACAUCAUAGCGCACACCCUUGCUGAAACGCUCGAGAAAUUGGCCAAGCUGGCCGAGGAAUCUGGGUACACCGUCCAAGUACUCCAGUCCCAGCUCUACAUUCUCAAGGUCUUGUCCGUGGUCAUGGGCUCGCGUUGGCGAACAUAUCAGGGCGAAAAUCGGCCAGAAUCCAGUCUGAGUCAUCGUGUCGACACCGGGUCUGGAAUCACCACCCCCGUAGAAGCAGUCACACCUGACUCGCGUGGAGGUUCUCAUGGACAACGAUAUGCCUCGCCUGCCGACCAUACGCUCCAACAAGGGCAGCGGGUAACGCCGACCCCGCUGGACGACAACUGUGCGAAGUACAUACUCAUGGUGAUGGUGUUGUUCCUGCGGCAGGCAGCGCCACCCGCGGACUCCACGCAGAUAUCACGUAUGGCGCGUUUAGCUUCACAGCUCGACUACUCAACUUGCAAGCUACGGGACGGGGCGAAUCCGUGGAGUGACACCUGGGAGAGACCAGAGCCAUACACUCGGUCCAUACGCCCCCAGCCUUCGUUCAUGUCGGCGGCAUCUAAGUCCACCAAUACGGAUACCCGAAUGCAGUUCGUGAUGCGGCCCGUCGAAUUCGAGAAGACGCCACGAGUAUUGCUGAGAUCGCUUUCGGCACUCAAUCACCUAGUUGGCAAUACGGCUGGACUGAUCGUACAUUAUCUAUCGACCUCCAACUGGCCUGUGGUCUUCACGCGCAUACGAAAUAAAAUCCACUAUCUCGCCAGCGCUAACGAAGACGAUCCAGACAUUGUCGACCUUGAACUCGUCGCCCACGCUGCACUGGAUCGUGUUAGGUUGAUACAGAUACUCCAAGAAACUUCAUCUCUUCUGUUGAACAUGCGCAGAGAGUCGCAAUCCUUGUGCUCAGGGCCUCUCCGUACGGCGGUAUGGACCUGGAUCGAGCUAUGUCCUAUCGAGUUCAACGAUACGCUCUUGUCAGCGCGGAGGAUGGAAGGUGCCCCAGAACGCGCGUUCGAUCUGCUUUAUCAGAAUGCCGAGUACAGCGAUAAACGCUUGCUUUGGCCUGCGUUGACCACCCUUCUCUGCCUGAGCUCCGAACGCUUACGUGAUUUCCAUGUCAAUCCAUCCGUAGCCAUGCAGAAGAAUUAUCGCAAGGAUUGGCAUUUCAUGGAGCAACUGUUCAAGAAUCUGACGCCGACGUCCAAGCUCCAUGAUGUGGCUUUCCGGUGCCUGAUAGACAUCUGCAAGGCGGCUGCACACAUACGAUCUGACAAGGACUUGCCUUUGAGAUCAAUCGCCCUGGACGUUGCUCAUGAGAUCAAGUCCGUGCUCCUCAAAUAUCAGAACCAGCGACCAUUCUGGGAGGCCGCUGAUGAAAUCGACAGCGACCUAUUUUCCGAUGCCUUGGUAGCCGUAUACCGAUUUCUGCCGAAGGACGAGGUGCUGCCACUUAUUGGCGCAUGCUUGGAGCCAGUACGCUCGGAUGGUGUAAAGAUUUGCGCUGUGCGGGCUUUCCGGCAACUGGUCCUCGUCGAGGGAAUGAUCCCGUGGCACCCACCUACAGCCAGUUUACGGGAUGCGUUCGCGACCCGGAUUCGAAGAAUCUUCCUGGCCGCUAUUCUUGGCCAUGGCGAGAUUGAUGAGAGAGGGAACCUUAUGAGGCCGUCUCCACGACCAAAAUUAAAACGCGCAUCAUCUGAAACCAUUCCAGAUCGUGAAUGGCUGUUGCUCGCAGUGCUGGCUCUGUGGAGAGUGGACAUUGAUUUCUACCUCCAGUGGCUAUCUGUCGCAGAAAGUGCUGAUAAGGGACUCAAUGCCCUCAAACUUUGGGACUCGACAUGUGAUCUCGCUGUCAAAAUGGCCCUCGAUCUCUCCUUCCGAUAUCUAUCGAAAUAUGUCUUUGCGUUGAGUCCAGACAGUCCCUAUCUCUCGGCCGCCGUACCAUGGUUGAUGCAAUUCACGCCCUACGCGUUGCUAUCAGCAUGCACGAACUUGCUCGCGGCACGGGCAGAUUUCGAGGCACAGAGACUUUGGGUCGACACUGCACACGGUCUCCUUCUGCUGUACACACGCGAUACCGACCAUGAACACGGAAGACAGAUUCAGUUCUCUCCCGAACGUAUCCCUGCCUUUGCCAUUGCUGAAAUUGCUUUACUUGUCUCGUUAACGUCGGCGGAUGCGAAUGUGUCCUCCACAGCGGCAUCGGGUCUUCGUUUACUCGCUCAGGCGGAAUCGCAACAGGACGCGCCGCUUAAUGAUGCUAUGAGCCCUGAAGAGAGAUCCAAACGAUUCCCCAUAUAUGCCCAACUUGGGGACCCGCGGCAAAUCAUUGUCGGUCGUGUGGGGCACCACAAACGCAUACGUAAGCUUGUUCGUAUCAUCGCCAGUGCGUCUCCUGCGCACAUGGCAGUUUGGCAAGAAUGCUACUGGAGAUGGUGUCAUUUGACCGAAUUGGCCAUACGUCCGACCACUGAGAACGGUGCUAUCGGUCCCGACAGCAUGCAAGUUACCGUUUUCGAUAGGCAAAUGACGACGGAGGAGGUGCAAUUCCAGUGGAGGGUAUUGACUCUGUUUCUCGCUGCAUUCGCCGCAGCAUGUACACCGACAGACUUCGACCCAUCGGCUGUCACAUAUGUCGUACCGUCAGAGUGCUUGCCGGAUGAGAUACGGAUAUUGAGGGAUCCCUGGGAUCUAGCGGAAAGUUUCAUUUACAGCCUGGUUGACCUCAUGGUCGCCGAGUCCAUCCACGCUCGCGACGUUGCUCGAGAUGCCACGGGCUCAGAACUGAGUCCGGGCAUAUAUCCCAUACUUUUCAAGCACAUGCUGAGUGUUAUUCACAAUGUCACUGAAGAAGUGAGUGCAGAAUGGGCGGACCAUUGCGCAUUGUUCCUGGAGCAGUUUAUCGCCACGUUCAAGUUACUGUUGGAUAAUCCGAACGCGAAGCCUGAAGAGCUGCUAACGUUUGAUUCGGGCGCCACGCUUUCGGCACUCGCGGCUUUCAUCGCUCGGAUCGACGAUCCCGCCACCUUCAAGAUCAAGGUCAAGUUUUGCGCUCUAUGCGAAAGCAUCAGUGCCCGUGCGGAAACCUUAGCGGUUCGGAAGGACUUCACGUGCCACGACGUGCUGGACGUGAUCAUCGAGUGGAUUCAAGAACCUGCCUCUAUUCAGGAAUCGGAAUUAUCGCGCAAUCAGAUUGAAGUGAACAUGGCUUGCCUUCGCGCAACGGUGAAAAUUCUGUCAUGGCUACCCCUUCGGCCUGAUGACAGUGCUGGCGGAGAUGGCGCAGAUCAUAUCGCGUCGAGGCUUUUCUUCCGCUACUCCAGCUUGUUGAUCAAAUUAUUAGACUGGGAUCGCGGUGAAGGAUCAACGGACGAUCGCGGCUCCGAGAUAUCUUCGCGCUCUCAGCGCUCCCGGGCAGCCUCGAAACGACAUGCUGAAAUACGAGAGCUGGUCAUCACCGGCUUAUCUCACCUCGUGAUGGGCAAUGCAGAUGCCGGACUCAAGCACGGACUUUCGCUCGCUUACGAUGAUGAUACAAGCAAAAGAGCGAUAUUCGGCUAUGUCUUCUCUCGAGUGCUUAAAAAAGGUACCAAGUUUGAGGCCAAGGAUUCAGGAACGGAUGCAAUUCGCCGUAGCCGUCUGUGCGAGCUCGUCAAAGGACACAACCUGGUGUUGGCGCUGGCCAUCUGCGAAACUUGUCCUGCAUCAGAAGUUGAUAUCGUCAUCCCAGUCCUAUUCAACCUUUUUGACACAAGAUCAUCCUUGAUGCGACUGCUGAAGGCCAUGAUUGACAGGGAGGUAGCGCGUACCGACAAUGAGGCGGCCCUGUUCAGGGGCAAUAGCGUUUGUACGAGGCUCUUGUCCGCAUUUGGUAAGCUUCACGGGUACGACUACCUGCGUAGCUUGAUUAUCCCUCUGGUGAAAACUAUGACCAUCAUGCCGGAGGGGUGCAGCUACGAAAUGGACCCAGCUAAGGUCGGCCCGCGGCAAGCCCAACUUAACCAACAGAACGUGGAACGAGUUACGAGCGCCUUUUUGCAAAUUAUCGCCUCUUCAGUUCCAGCACUACCCCCUAUGUUCCGAGAGAUUUGUGCGCAUAUAGGCAAAGCCGUGAACGAAGUCUGGCCGGACGCCAGAUUUGCAGCCCUUGGCGCAUUCAUGUUCUUGAGGUUCAUCUCGCCAGCCGUAGUCGCGCCGGAUUCCGUCGAUGUCGAGUUCCCCAACGAUCCAGUACAACGACGAGGACUGUUGGUCAUAACCAAGAUCAUUACAAACCUGGCCAACAACAUCUUUUUCGGAAAGGAAGCGUUCAUGGUAUCGCUGAACGGGUACCUCGCCGAUAAUAUCGUCCAUGUUACCCGGUAUCUCAAUGAUCUUCAUAAGUAUUCAGCGAUCAGCACUGAGGAGGACGACGACGAAUGGUUGGGAACCACCUACGAUGACACGGACACCGUUGUUCUCCAUCGUUUCUUUGAGAAGCAUGCGGAUAAGAUCGGAAAGGAGCUGCUCAGUCUGCCGCCAGGGAUGGCACAACCUGAUUCGGCAGCUGUCGAAAACAAGGUGGCAUGGACGGAUCUAUGCGGCGCGCUCGUGGAUUUGGGACAGCCCCUUGAUGUUCCUUCGCUGUCCCCGAACUCAACCAUAGACCAUCGGGACUUCCUCGAACUUAUGGCAAGAUCACAGCAUCGCAAUGUUGAUUCCGUACGCGAGAUAUUCAUUGAUGCAUCCUCCUCAGAGGAGGGACCCGCGCUUUUCGUGUUCAAAGUGCACAAGCUUGACGCGGAGGCUCUUGACAUCGACUUGCUUAUGUAUCAUAUCUUCAAGAGUCUUAUGCGUCCUGAAUACUCCGCUCGCACCUUUGAAAUCGUCUUCGAUUUUACCUCGUUCUCGUCCAACUCCGAAAUUCCAGUGCAAUGGUUGAAGUAUUGUUGCGAAUUGAUUCCUUACGAUAUCAGGCAACGAUAUACGGGCGCACAUAUCCUUAGCCCAAAUGCGUUAGCGGUACGCUAUCUACGUCGAGUGCACAACAUCUUCGCAGGCAUGCCUACGUUUGAACAAGUUACCGUCUAUUCCAGUGUGGCCGAUCUGUCUCGCUUACGAUCGGAGUUGAUUUCCGAGCGCUGCCUGUCGGUGUUGACACACGCAGUGGAACUGGAACAAGAACCGCGGCAAGAAUUCAGGGAAGCGUCCAUGAGACACAGUCAUCAACCUCGAACACCAGUAAUCAUCAGCGUCGCAGCUUCCCACCUGAGGAUCACCUCGAUCAAAGCACAGACAAUCACUCCAGCACUAUCGUGCAAGUUCACGGAGAUAGUCAUGUUGACGGAUAUCAGCGACAUCUACAACGUUUCAACGGGUCGUGAUACGUUCGAGUUCAUAAUCAGACGCAGACACGGCACCACCAUGUAUUUCUCGUCCUCCGCGAGAGAGGCCAUAGUCAAGCUGGUAAGAGAGGCGAAGGGUAGAUUGCGCAAUAUCCACGUAUCUACCUCCGAGCGCAUGGGCCGAUUCUCAAACACUUCUGCUAUGUUGCUCCACAUCAGCAUGCUCGGCAUUGGCUCCGAAGACGAACAUCUCCUCGAUGCCUCUUCUGAACUUCUUUCGGCGGUUUGUGCUCACUUGAACUACGACGACGCUCCCGUCGUAGCGUCCCAAGCCGGAUUCAUCCCUGGACACCCUCGGACAUUCAGUAUCCAAUUAAGUGAAAAACUGGCGGCAUUCGCACCUCAUCUCACAUUGGACUUCAUCCACGAGGUGUGCGCUGGGAUGGAGAAGACGAAAGUGGCACAGAAGAUUCACUGUCUCCAGUAUUUGAGUCCUUGGAUGAAAAACCUCGCGUUCUUCCCGAAUCCGGCGCAUCCCCUCUAUGAACACUCUGGGGCGAAGCUGCGAGAUUGUGUCAGGCUCCUCGUUGAUUUGACAACGAACGAUAAAGAUCUCUAUUGCAUGGUCCAGAGAUAUGUCUGGGGUGAGAUUGCAAAACUUGAUAGUUCUAUCUCCAAUCUCGUUCUGGAUGAACUCACACGAGCGGCGGUCGACUCCGGCAUCAACACUCGCCGCUGCGAAAUCAUCGCUGAUACUAUUGCGGCUCUGGCAUCCAUUGGUUGGCGAGGUAGAAUCAUGGCGAAACUGCGAAAGAUGCUAGGCAAAACUUCCACGAAACCCACAAAGACCCUGGACGAGAACGCGCAUUGGCCGGAAAUUGCUGUGUUAACUCGAUUGGCUUUGGUACCUGGAUCUCACGGGAAGCAAAUGGGUCAUCUGCAGCUCUACGUGGCCGAGAUUAUUCACAUCGUCACGCUGAUCGCAGCGACCGGAGAGACCAGCGUCCGCAAAGUGAUCUACGCGGUCGUCAUCAACAUGCUGCAAUUCACAGACGUUUCAAACACCGAAGACGAGAGCCGCUCCGUCAUCCGGUCGUUGUUGGAAGAGCUCGCGCAACCUGAGACGCUCAAUCUGUUUGGUCUUACACGCGAUACACCUUCAAGCGAAUACAUCAGUUUCGAUGCGGCCACUGAUACGGGCCGAAUCGAUGCUCAGGAGAAUCUUUCUCGUUUAUUGAUACGCGUUCUGGACGCCAUAGCGGGCAGUCAAGGCGUCCUCAAUGUAUGGCGAGCGAGAUGGAUGAGCCUCGUGACUUCAACGGCGUUUCAGCUUUCGCCUGCUAUCCAAUCUCGGGCCUUCUUGGUUCUGGGAACGCUGGCUACAUCAGAUGUCGACGACGACCUACUUUACCAGAUGCUGGUAGCCUUUAAGACAGCGUUAUCCCAAUCAACGGAGUCGGACACAAGCGCGGUCGUCAGAAUGCUCCGGUGCAUCUACAACGUCGUGCCGUCCCUGAUCGAGAACUCGCGGUAUCUGCCUCAUAUGUUUUGGCUUGCUGUCGCCCUGUUACAGUCUAGCCACAUAUCAUACUAUAUGGAGGCCACGCAACUGCUCGUCUCUACUAUCACGACCAUGGAGAAGCAAUCUGCAUUCGUGGAAGAUGGUGUAUCCACAACCCUUUUGAGCGCUCGGACGCAGAUCGAGGACAUCGCAGGACAGCUGGACCACCUCCUCGGUCUUUCUUUCACCAACGCCUUUUCCUUUUCUUUGGCCACCACCAUCUUCAAGGGUGUUCGACAUUCUGGCCUCAAGGAUUCUGCAGAUUCUGCUCUACGAACUUUGCUAAAGGCUACUGCGCAAGCGGCAGCGGAGGCCAAAAGCCAUCCUUCGCCCCUGUGUCCUGACGCAUUGGGCUAUUUCCUCGCUCUCCUCCCUCUCUCCACCAAUACCGAAACUUAUCGCCAACUAUUACGUGACAGCCAAGUGGACGAGUUUUGGUUGGUCGAAUACCUCAAUAACCCCGGCGAAAAGGGGGCCGUGCCGCGGGUGCCAUUUGAGCUCUUAGGGGUUCAAGACUCGACGACAGCGUUGCUCGUCACAUCUUUCGUAGGGGCAAUGCUGGAAUCGGCCCAAGGAGACGACGCGGAGACCGAAAUCUUGUUCAACGUUCUCUCGGACGUCGCCGUAGCAUUCCCGGAGACCGUUUCUCUUGCCUACGAAGGGCUCCAGGAGAGGAUUCGAGACACCUUCACUAACUCCACGAACCCCGCCAUAUUGAGUGCCGCGUCCAUGGUUUUCCGUGUCGCCAUCAAAGACCCGUCACGCAAUGGUAACUUGCGAGGUUCGCAAUCUACGUUGAGCACGCUGGACGAGGCAGCGGCCAAUGGGCCCGGUCAACCUCAGCUGGCCGCGCUUGAGGCCAUACACAUGGAAGGACUGGCCAGCAAUUUCCAAUUCCUCCCACCAAACCGAGGAGUAGCCACCAAGAUGAUCAACUGGAUCCCCGAACUUGUCACAAGGAUAAUAGAGUAAUAAUCCCCUACUGUACAGUCUGCUGUUUUGCAUAUUUUCA